AUGAAAUUAUACGUGAUUUGUACAGUAUUGCUCGGCCUAUUGAUCCUUGCCUAUGCUGAAAAGACCGAAAAAGAGGCAGCAUUAGCUGCAAGACAGUUGCUAAACUCCACAAUACAUGCCGAACUUGUAACCAUUGUAUCGAAUACUGAAAAGCCUGACUUGAAUGGAUUUCCCUUUGGAUCGCUGGAGUACAUAACGCCUGACUGUACAUCGAAUAAUGGAGAUGUGAUAAUGUACUUGGCUGAUAUAUCGGUCGAAGGAGAAGAUGUACAAAGAGAUGGAGAGCGUGUCUCCGUUACCAUCCGUGAUUUAACUUAUUACCGCGACACUGAUGGUCCUGGUGUCAUGGAUCGAGCCCGACUCUCGCUUUUAGGAACGAUCGCUCCCAUUGCUGAUGACCAGGUCAAAGAUGUCGAAUCCUGUUUCUUCAAGAUACAUCCAGAUGCAGCGUACUGGAAGUAUGCUCACGUCUUUCGAAUGUGGAGGCUAACUCCAAAGGAGAUAUAUUGGGUAGGAGGUUUUGGGUCCAGGCACUACAUUGGCUGGAUUUCCGUCGACCUGUAUCAAACUGCGACAUCUGCUGCCCUAGUUGUCAAGCAGCAACGUAAACGACGCGUAUAG